CGCCAGUGCGCGUCUGGCCGUGGAGGCGGUAGGUCGUGAGCCCGUCCGUACGCUGGUCGGCCGUUCCGUCGCAGGCGCAGCGCAGCGCGCGCGCCCCGGGCCCUUGUGUGUGUGUGUGUCUGUGUGUUGGAGAGCUGGACGUGGGUGUGCACCGCGCAGCGGCCGCGACAGCCGGUGAUUGCCAGUGCGAUAAGUGUGAGGGCCAAGUGCGUCAAUGCGCGAUUGAUAGUGGCCCAAGUGGCGAGGCUGCGCGACAGAGAUAGAGUGUGGUGCGACAGUCAAGUGAUCAGUGUUGUUUUUGCAAAGUGAGUGAUUGUGUGGGACGUCGGCAGGACCUGCUGCGCUGCCGCCGACGCCGCCGCCGCCUCCGACGCCUUCUUGUGGAUUACCUCCUGUUCGCCGUGUCGCCGCGGCGAUCCACCACCACCUACUGUCUCCCGAUGGACUCGUGAGAAAUGAUAGGGCAGUAGCCAUGGCGCCCUCGGCACCCCGUCCGCCGGGCCGGCCUCCGGCCCCCGCCCACCUCCAUGGCCGCCCCCAUGGCCGCCCCCCAGCCCCGGCGCGGAGGACACCCUCCGUCACAGCCGUCUUGGGGUCGGCCCUCCCCAUGGUGGCGUUCGUCCUCAUGCUCCUGGUGGAGCAACACGGCGCCCAGUCCACCUGCGGGCCCGGUCUAUCCACCCCGGGAGUGACCAUCCCGGCGGGGGAUAUAAUCCUGAUGGAAGGGGAACUCUUGGAACUGUACUGUGUGCUCAACCUGACCCAUCCGGGAACCAAGGGACGCAACGCUAGCCACCUCAUGUUCUACCGACAGAAUAAGACGGUGGCCCCAGAGCACCUGCACGUGGUCAACGAGACGACGCUCAAGCUCACGAUGCGGCCCAACGUGUCCUCGGCCAUGUAUUACUGCAAGUUGAACAAGUGGGAGGACGCAGCGCAGGACGUGGUGUGCCUGAACAACGUAGCCGUCGGCUAUCCACCCCAAGAUGUCAGCGAUUUUUCUUGUGUCUCACAAAAUUGGCAGAACUUGACUUGCACUUGGAAAAAGAAGUAUAAUCCCGUGAAGACAAGAUACACUAUUUGGUAUCGAUUGCCUGGCAGAGCAGGAGGAAGAAUUAAGUAUGCCUGUCCGGGAGAAACUGAUGUCCAGGAAGAUAAAUGUGUUUGGAAUGAAGAAUCUAACCCACCAUAUCGGCAACCAUAUGAAACAUACUUUUUUCAUAUUGAAGCAAUAAACCACUUCAAUAACUCAACCUUCAGUCACAAAUUCAAUCAUUAUGCUCAUGUGAUCCCAGCAAAACCAGAGAAAUUCAGAUCAAGCAAAAAAACAUCAUCCAGUGUUUAUCUUGAAUGGGUUAUCCCAUACCCUAUGCAAAACUUCCCUCCUGGACUCAUCCAUCGUGUAGAAUUUCUGCCUCAGUGGGAGUCUCGCGAGUCAUGGCAUAGUGUUAAUACAUCCAGAAUCAUAAAGAAGAAUGACUCAAAAGAACAGAAACAUACAUUAAAUAUCACCUCCUUGAAAUAUGCUAAUACAUUUUAUGACAUAAGAGUGUACCUGAAAUCUGCCAAGGCAGUUUCCAAUGAUGAUAGCCUGUGGUCAGCUCCUGCUGCUAUGACUAUCAAGACCUUGCCUGAUCUGCCUGGAGCACCUCCAAGAACAGACAUUGGCAGCUUUGAAGUUUUCAACCAUGUUGAUAGCCGUGAUAUUUACAUUUAUUGGCAAACUAUUCCGGAUUAUCUUCAGAAUGGAGAUAUGUUCCGUUAUAAAAUAAUCGACAUUAAUGAUGAAAAUAAUUCACCAGUAUUUAAGGAUCCGACAGAAUUGACUAAGAAGUAUGCCAAAUACUCGAAAAUGGAUCUCAACAAGAACUUCCGAUUUCACAUUGUUUCUGUAAACACAGAAGGCCAGUCAAUAAACAAGAGUGAAAUCGUCAUACCUAGCCGUGUGCAAGUUCCUCCUGGACCUCUCUCUGUAACCAAAGUAUUUUAUGAAAAUGGCACUUACGAAUUGUCCUGGAAGCCCCCCUCAGAUCAAGAAGAGAUUGAUAGUUACACUAUAUUCUGGUGUGACAGCAUUUAUGAUCACAUGUGCUCUGGGUAUUUGAAUUGGACUCAUGUCUCGAGCAACAUAACAAUUAAGAACAUGACAGUUGAAGACGACAAACCCUAUCAGUUUGCUGUGUCAGCAAAUACACGCAACGCUAGUAGCGGCAUGGUCUGGGCCUCAUGCACAAUUCUGUACAACAAACCCAUUCAAAAGAUGAAGAAUGUCUGGGUUAAGAAGGUUGGAUCAACAUUCAUGGAAAUGGUUUGGAAUUUGGAUUGCUUGGACAGAAAUGGACUUGUUGUUGGGUUUAGAAUCUAUUACUGCCCAGUUCAGCACAAAGGACCAGAAUGCAAGAGCCCCAGUCAAAAUGUCACUGUUAUGGAUCCGCAACAGAGUUCAGCUAAUCUUACUGGCUUGAGACCAUACACUACGUACAGUAUUUCUAUUGCUGUGCUGAGCAGUGGUGGCGAGAGUUUACCAAGUGACCCCUUAUAUAAUGUUACUCUUGAAGCAGCUCCCACUCCGCCAACCAAUGUUUCCAUUAUCAAUAUCACAAAUACAACCAUCACAAUUACUUGGAAUCCUCCAGAAGAAAGGAAUGGUGUCAUUACCAAGUAUGAGGUGCAUUAUGAUGGCAAAGUGCAAACAAAGGAUAAUGACAACAGGGUCAAGCAAGAGUUGGUUUUAAGGAACCUUACUAGUUACUACAACUACAGUAUCAGUGUGGCAGCUUGCACCUUUGCAUGCUCUGAUAAGUCUCCACCACUCACAGCUGAAACUAAAGUUGGACAACCUGGAAUGACCAAUUGUCCUCAUGUGCAACAUCUCAACCAGUCAGUACUGGAGAUAAGUUGGGAUCCACCUGCCCGCCCCUCAGGUCUUCUUGAUUACUAUGAAGUCAUGAUUGUGCCUGGAGGCGAUAAUUCAUCAGCACAAGUUCUUAGAACAGAAAACAAUUCUUUAGUAACUCGUAUUGAGGGUUGCUCUGAAUCAAACCAACCGUAUUCCUUCUCUGUGCGAGCUGUCAAUGUCGAUCCUAGCAAUUCUACUAAAACAUUUAAAGGAGAGUGGAGUAAAGUACAGGAUGGCAGCUGCUACACCAAUGACCUUCCUCAGUACCUUAAGAUUCUCAUCUAUGUCUUAAUGUUGGCAUUGAUUGUUACUGUCAGCUGUAUGAUAAUUUGUUUGGGUAAAAGGAUUUGGUUAAAAUGCAAGGACAUGCGGCAUGUUGAAGUCAAAUUACCACACGGAAUUAUACCUUUGCCACCACCUGAGGAGAAGGAGGAGGACUACGGCCUGGACCAAUGGCCACCUAAGCCACCUCGCCCAGCUGCUGACGAAGAGCGUUUGCUUCAGCAGAAAGACGAUCAUCACCAUGACCGCAACAUGAGUGGAGAUAGCAGUGGAUGUAGCUCUGGCCAUGAGAGUGUUAGUUCCUCUGCAACUUCAGGCACGCACAUAUCAUCCGAUUCAGGAACAGAAGUAGACAGGAACGAACAGGGAUUUGGUGACCCAUCCUGGGAGGCAGGGUCCGGCUCAGAUUCCGGCUCUGUGGGCAAGGGGCAGCGCGGUGCACCGGCAAACAAGAGUCCCACUUGGAACGAGGGGUACGCGUGCGUGGGCGGCAAGGGCAGCAGCGGCAAGGGCUCGGGGUCGAGCGUGCGCAGCACCCCUAACUUGUCGGAGAUCGAGCCGGGCUACGCGGUGAUGAGCUUACUGCCUUGGCCGAGCUCCAGCAGCAUCCCGGAGAAACACUCGCAGGUGCUGCCCGUGCAGCUGUCCGUACCGCUGCCGCAGUCGGUCCGCGGGUACGUCGGCCUGGAGGCGGCGUCUGCCCUGCGAGCGCCCGUCGUGCCGGCCAAGGUGCUGCCCAAGGGCGUCCCCGCGCUGGCCCCGGGCGCGCACGGCUACGUGGCGCACUCGCCGCCCUCCAUGCUGUGGGAGACGCAAUCCCAGCCGCAGCCGCCAAAGGGCUACGUGCAGACGGGACAUGUGCCGAAGGAGCAGGCCUUCACACCGGAGUGCGAGGGCAGCUGGGACGAGCCCUUCGCGCGCCUGCAGCAGCAGCGGCCGACUAGUGGGGGAUAUGUGAUGGCAGGGGAGUGUGGGAUCAGACCUAGCCGGACAGAGCCCGCCCUAGGCACCGCCCUGGGCAACGGGUAUAUGCUGACUGAGGACAACGGGCUGCUCAGGGACAGACACAAACCUGAGCAGAGUGUCGUGGUGCCGGGUGCGAAGCAGGCCCACGAGUACGUGCUCACAGGGGAGCGGGACAUGGCGAGGAACGCAGCGCUGCUUGUCCUGGACCCCCAGCCCCCUAAGGCUUACUGCCGGGUGGGUGAGAGAGGCGUGCGGCCGGUUGUCGUGAGCGGGUACGUGCCGCACAGCGCGCCGCACAGCACGCCCGGCGUGGCCGAGUAAUCCGAGACUGUGAUGUAGUGAUUCCUGUCGUGAUCUGUGAUUUUAAGUGAGUGGUGCGCUCCGCCCUGCCCUGCUGUUAUUUUAAGCCUGCGACAAGUUGUGUCAAUGUUCAACAAUUGCUGGACGGAACCUUCCGUUUCAACAUGCUCACCCUAUUUCCCCUUUGUCGAGACUCGCUGUACUUUCGAACCUUGGCUCUAUUCUUUUUCUUUAGUUCCUGCGAGCACCACUUGCAUGUAUAAAGUGUUAUGAUUGUUUCUGUUGAUAUUGUAAUUAUUUAUAUAACAUGUGUUUGUAUCAAGUACCGUAACUUACUAAUCUAUUGUGAUGUAACAGUGCCACAUGUUCUGAGAAAUGAAAUUUAGCAGCAACAAUGAAGAGCAGUUCAUGUCCAUGAACCGGUUUUAAUUUAUACCAGUGAUAAGUGUAUAUUUUAAUUUAUAAUUUACGGAUCUGUACCUGAAACUUUUACAGAUAGGUUUUAGUUUAGCCCAUUAUCUGUGUCUACAGAUAAAUCUAGGAUGUUACAUAUAUAAAUAUAUAUUUGUUUUGCACAUAGCAUCUUCAUUUUUUUUGUUAACUUAAUGAUGUUGCUUGCAAUUUUGUACAUUAUUAUAUUGACUGCGAAAAUAUGUGCCAUUUUCUGUUGUGAGUGCAUACAAGUCCAAUAGUUCCUUCCAGUCAUCUUUUGUUUGUUUUGUUUGAUUUGGUGGUGUGAGUAAUUAUGAGAAUCUCAUGUUUGCGAUGAUAGACUUUUGCUGGAAAUGGGAUUUACAAUUUUUUAAUGCUUAUUGCUGCAUUCUUUUGUAUUUGAUGGUGCUAUCUAAAAUUGUCAACUUUUGUAAUUGAUGUUUCACUCUUAAAUAUUAGUGGUCAAUGUUCAAAUCAAUUCUGUGGAAUAUUAAGAGGCAAGGACACAAUGAGCAAGUCUAAUUUCAGACGGUUGAAAAAGUCAAAUAACUACAAAAAACUGUAGUUUUUGGCUUUUUAACAUUCGUAUAGUCAAUUGACAUCUACCUAUUCUCUAAAUUCAGUACAAAUUAUGUAGCUAACAGGUUUCCAUUUCUCUAGUUGACUUUUAUUGGUGUAUUACGUGUCUUAUUGCAUUGUGUUUUUACUCUAGACAUAGACAUUUCAGAUGUAUCCAAGAUUGUAUCAAUUUAGCUCCAUUUUUUCCAUAAACUGUUUGCUGUUUUAUCAAUGGUCACUGUCUUAUUUUAUGUAACUGUAUUUUACCUUACAGUCUAGCAUGUGUUUUUAUCUAUUGUCUAUGUGUCAUUUAAAGCUAAUGUAUAAUCCACACAUUUCUUGCCAGGCUCAAAUUAAUAGCCUAGUACUAUAACAAAUUCACUCAUGAGUACUAAAUGCACCUACCUGUAACGUGUUUGUUGAAAAUUUGUUUAAUUCUUAAUGUUUGGUGUAGUUUCAAGUUGAAUGUUUACUUUGUACUUAAUGUAUUAGAAACUUCUUGAAUAUUUGUGAACUCUUUGCAUUUUUCAAAACUUCUUAAGAAGCUUUCUGAAUUCUGCUGUUUGAAAUUGAUUACAAAUGACUGUCUGGCUUAGUCUUAUAUUGGAGGACCGUUAAUGUUUGCUCAGAAUGAAGAAUUGUAAAGACUGGUAUGUGAUUUGAAAACUCUUCAAACAUUUUAUGAUUGGUGUUCAUGCACCAUGAUACAAGAAAUCUUUGAUGAGAAUUCUUAUUAUUAAACGUUAAUUAUUAAUCUGAAAUUCUCAGAUGUGUAGUUAUUUUUGGGAAGCCACAACCUUAUCAAUCAAGGGGAAAGCUCAAAUGUACGUUAUGAUCUCAUUCAGUCAUUCUCUUCUCCAUCACAUAUUUUUGUACUCAUUUUAUUCUAAAUUUCUGUGAAUGGAUCAUUCAGCCAGCUUCUGCAGAAGUAUUGAAUAUUUUUUCACAAGAAUGUGUCUCUAUUAUUAGCAACACUGCUGUAUAGUUGAGCUUUUUGCUGUUCUGUACUUUGUAUAAGGUAUUUCAAGGACUUUGAAUUUGUAUCAAAGUAUUCUAUUGAGCCUUGCUGUGCACAUUUUUAGUCUAGUAAAAGCUAACUUUUACUUUAAAGAAAUUGUUUUAGUGUCAAGAUUUUGUGGUGCCAACCUCUUUCCAUUUUGCAAGUAGCUUAGCUUUAAUCCCAGUGAUCCAUUUUCAAUCGAUAUUUUAUUUGCACAUGCGUAAGCUUUAUCUCUCUCCAUAUCAUUUCAGGUGAGAAUUGUGUUUAAUUGUGGAGGCCAUGUUGUACUUUUGUUUGUAAGCAACGCCAAUAUGCCCAGUAUUAGUUUUGCACUUUUACAUUUUAAACACAUUUUUCAGAAUGAGGUCAAUGGGUUUCAUUUGAUCCCUUCAUCAUUUUAAGCAUGCAAACUUCAUGUGAUGACUCUUUUAGUUAAUAGAACAGACCAUCAAUUCAUUUUAAGUUUCAAAAAGUAUCUCAGAUAAGAAUUUAUGUGAUGAAAGACAUUGUUUUAUUUAAUAGUGGUCAGAGGCAAAGUCUUAUAAAACGUACUGUAAAAGAAUGUUGAUACAUAAAUGAAACAUUUAUUUUCUGUUCCUGUUGAAUUACAGAUAAUUGUAUUUUCUUGUCAGGCUGCUUCCACACUUAGUUUUAUCUUGUUAUCUAUUCUGUUCGUUAUUGUUAUGAAUGUGUUUGAGUUUCACAUUUCACUUUCAUCAAUUAUAUUUAUCUAGCAUGUCUGUAAGGAUUUCGUGCAGUACAAUUUCAUCAUGACCACAUGCUGUGAUCUCUCAAGAGUACUGUUUUUGUAAAAUUUAUCAAUUCUUCGUUCGGAUUUAUACUCAAGGGGGUUAUGGAAUCCUUAUUCAAUUUCAUAGUUCCAGCUGAUAUUAUUUUUUUGCUGACUGAUUUAUGUAUGUAUGGAAGUGUCCGUUGUGUGUUUUAGUUCAGACAGAAUGUAUAAAUGUUAUGUUAUAGUUAAUUGAAAUUAUAAAUGUUUUAUGAUGUGGAAGGAGCCAGGACCAAAAUGCCUGUGUAAAAUAUCUCUUGUAAAUAACUGUAAAAAGUGGAGUAAAUAGAUUCUAUUGAGACACUCACA